GCUGUUGAGCUGUUCAUGUUUGCAAUUGGUUGGCUUCGUACGAUCUGUUUGUAAUACAAGAUGAGUGGCAGCAAAAUUUAUAUUGACGAAGAAAUUGAAAAAUUUCUUGCAAUGAGCGACGACGAGAAUGGAUUAGACGAUGAGUUAGGGCAUGCAAGUUCUUCAGAAGAAAGAACUGACGAUGAGUUAGACAACAGCGAACUAGAAUCUGAUGCAGAAAUCGAAGAAAACGAAAGCUUAGGGGAUGCAAGUUCUUCAGAAGAAUCAACUGACCUAGAUGAAGAUAACAUACCUUUACAUUUAUUGAGAGCCAAGUCAAAUAUAAUUAAUUUUAAUAAAUCUAUUUUACGGGGCAAAAAUAAACAUAAGUGGUCAACAAAAAAGGGAAAAUCUUAUCGUUAUGGUCUAAAUGUAGUACAUAAAGCUCGAGGACCAACACACCACUGCAAAAAUAUAACAGACCCACUGAAAUGCUUCCAAAUGUUCAUUACACCAGAGAUCGUGGAAGAAAUUGUUCAAUGGACAAACAUUGAAAUUGCUAAUCGGCAGUCCAUCUUACUUGCAACUGCAGAUGAAGCUCAAAGAAAAGUAACUUGUUCAAAUGAAAUUUCUGCCUUAAUUGGACUCUUGGUACUAACAGCAGUCAAGGAAGAUCAGCACCUGUCUGCAGAUGAAUUGUUUGACAGAUCUUAUGGUAGAAUAACAUAUAUUUCGAUAAUGACAAAAGCAAGGUUCAAAUUUCUUAUGUCGUGUCUUCGAUUCGACGAUAAAUCUGCACGCCUUCAAAUAGUUGAAGACAAAUUUGCCCCCAUUAGAAAAAUUUGGGAGAUGUUCAUUCAAAAGUGCCGGGAAAAUUAUACGCCUGGAGAAUACCUUACGAUUGACGAGCAACUACUGGCGUUCAGGGGAAAAUGUAGCUUCCGGAUGUACAUUCCAAACAAGCCAGCAAAAUAUGGACUCAAAAUGGUGAUGAUAUGUGAUAGCGGUACAAAGUACAUGGUUGAUGCUAUGCCGUAUUUGGGAAAAGGAUCAAACAAAACAACCUUUCCACUUGGUGAGUACUACGUAAAAGAGUUGACUAAAACUGUACAUGGUUCAAAUAGAAACGUUACAAUGGACAACUGGUUUAGUUCGAUUCCUCUUGCUAAAUCACUGUUAUGCGAACCAUAUAAGCUAACAAUGGUUGGAACUCUACGUUCUAAUAAGCGAGAAAUUCCGAGUGAAAUGAAAAAUGUAAAAGGUCGUAAGUGUAAUACGUCAAUGUUUUGCUAUGAUAAUGAGCUGACGCUUCUAUCAUAUAAGCCGAAGCCGAGUAAGGUAAUAUAUUUAUUAUCAUCCUGUAAUGAGGAAGGAGCAGUAAACCCCAAAUCAAAUAAACCCUACAUGAUCGAAUUUUACAACAAAAUGAAAGGAGGCGUUGAUACCUUUGACCAAAUGUGUAGUGUCAUGAGCUGUUCACGCAAAACCAACCGAUGGCCAAUGUGUCAAUUUUUUGGUAUAUUGAAUAUGGCUUUUAUUAACAGCUACGUUAUUUAUUCACACAACGCAUUUCAAAUAAAUAAAAAACCUCUCAGUCGUUCUGCUUUUAUGAAAAAAUUACAUUCUGCCCUUAUUCAAAGUAAUUUGACAAACAGACUUGAAGUACCAGCAUUGUCUACGUCGUUGCGAUCAAAUAUUGAAAGUUGUGUUUCUUUUGAUGAAAAUGCCACAGAUACUAACCGCCAAAAAAAUGUAACAAAAAAGAGAAAGAUUUGCGCAAUUUGUCCGCCUGCUAAGAGACGGAUGACGAAAUCAUUUUGUGCAAAAUGUAAAAAAAGUCUUUGUGGGGAGCAUAAAAUAGAACUUUGUGCCUCUUGUACAAAAUGAGAACUUUCAUUCCGUAAAGUAUUUUAUGUUUUCAGUUAAUAGUAUUAUCUUUAUGAAAAAAUACCAUUCAGUGAAAAUAUGUUACUAAUUGUUUAGUUUUUUUAAGUUUCGUAGUUUGCAUUUUGUACAAAAGCCGAAUGAAUCAGAGCUGUGAAAAUUUUAUUUAUUUAAUAAAAGAUUUAAGAAAAACUGUUUGAUAUUGUUUUAUUUAGAAGAUAUAUAAACCAGGUAAUGUGAAUAUAUUGAUUUUAGUAGGUUUUGAUAGGUAGGAUAAUAUAUUAAGGACUUUGAG